CCCCCUCGGCGUGAAAACCCGUCUUUCCUUCGUGUUGGCAAGUGCUGGAGAAAUGCGAAGCGGGCUCUCUCCCCCCCCCCUAUUUUCUAAUGUGACUCUCCUGGAAUGGAGCAGAGCCAUGGCGCUUCUGUGGAAAGGGGCUUCAUAUCUCUGAGCGAAAGCGAACAAAGAUGUUACUCAGGUCUGUGCUCCCUGUGCCAAGCUGACAGCUCCGGGAAACUACAGGCGAGCAGAGUGGCAGAGCUGCUCAGAGCAUCCCAGCUGCCCGUGGAGACCCUGCAUCAGGUUACGGAGAUUUGUGGAGCAAAACAUCUGGGCCACUUCAGCGUAGGGCAGUUCCAUGUGGCCCUGAAGCUCUUGGCUGCUGCACAAGCAGGCCUCCCAGUUCGUCUGGAAAGCAUCAAGGGCGAAUUGCCUCUUCCUAGGUUUCCAGGGCUGGUACAGAAUACAGAAGGCUGGUAUCAAGGCCUCCCUCAGUACGGCGACAUCAAGCCUCACCAGUUUGGGGCCUCAUCUGGUCAGAUCCACACGACAGCCAUAGACAGGAGCAGGAUCAGACAUCCCGAGAAUAACAUGGAUAUCCAGGAGCCCCAGGCCCCCCCUCGAUCACCCAGAAACUCCCCCCCCAGUUCCCCGGCCAGCUCCUCCCACUCCACAUGCAGCACGCAGCGGAAUGACGAUGCAUUAGUGGCGCAGGCCAAGCAAGGCAGCAGGUUGCCCGGUGUCCAGCAGGAGAGCUGCUCUCCCAAACACCAUGCAGUCAGGGUCUCUGCGGAGCAGGGUACCCUCACCAAGGCUCUUUCCGUGGAGGCCCUGAUUGACCACAACUCGGAGGACUGCUCUGAUGACCCCUGGAGGAUAACGGAGGAACAACGGGAGUACUACACCCGCCAGUUCAAAAGCCUGCAGCCUGACCUGGGGGCACUUAUUCUGGGCUCUGUUGCGAAGGACUUCUUCACAAAAUCGAGGCUGUCGAUACGAGAGCUGUCUCAUAUAUGGGAUCUGAGCGACCUGGACCACGACGGAGCCUUGACGUUCCCUGAGUUCUGCAUCGCCUUCCACCUUAUCGUGGCCCGUAAGAAUGGCUUCCCUGUGCCUGAGAUCUUGCCCCCAGGGCUGCAGUCCAGUCUCCUGGAGCAGGACGGAGUCCCUCCAAGGCCGAUGGGCGAGGGCAUUUUUUUUGGUGCUCACCUGACCCAACUUGAGAAGAUCCCAGUAUCUCCUGAGAGGACAGAACCCCUUAUUUCUUUUGAGGAAACAAAAACGAAACAAAAUAGAGUUGAAACUCUGGGUCCACGAGCUGAGAUGACCGCUUCAAAGUUCGACGUGAAACAGGAGCCGUCCAAGUCGGCAUCGAGUCCAAAAAGGGCAUCAGGGGUUCAAGACCAAUCAAAUGAAUUGGCCGACACAGACAUAUCGAGGCCAGAACCAGCGUGCAAGAUGGAUUCAGUAAUGAGACCUCGAUCGAGGCCACGGUCCUACUCCAGCACGUCCAUCAAUGACUCUGUGAAGAACUCAGAAACGCCUCCAGCUCCUCCACCCCGCCGGCAGAAGACCCACUCACGCGCUUCAUCUCUGGACCUUAAUAAACUCCUUCAGCAGAGUCAUCAGGAGCCUGGAGGUGACUGGCUUCUUCCUCCUCCGGCACUCCCUCCGAGACGCGUGGCGAUGCAGGUGCAGCACGUCCUGCCUUCUGCAGGGAAGAGCUCCCAGAAGGCACUGCAGCAGGUCAAUUUCGCUGACUUCACUAAGUUCAGAGCAGAGGAGAAAAGUCCCAUCAAAAGCAGCGGACAGAGACCCCUCUGCAAAUCAGACAAGGCUGAGGACAUGGUCCACACCAAAACAGAUACUGGGUCCUCACUGCAGCUGCCGCAGAAAUCAACACACAAGAAGUACCGGCAUGCGAGCCAAAGCCUGGACCCUGCGCAACCUCUCACUGCAUCCACCACCGGGACCAGACAGGCCCAAAACAGGCUGCCCAACAGACAGAAGAAAGACAUCCAGACAGCCAUCCGUAAGAACAAAGAAACCAAUGCAGUGCUGGCAAGGAUCAACAGUGAGCUACAGCAAAAACUCAAGGAGGUGCAUCAGGAGAGGAUCUCCUUGGAGGCCCAGCUGGAAACCCUGCGGCCAAUCGCCUUUGUCUGACCGGGUGAAGGACCCAGCCGCCACUCCUAACCACACGUGGCAUGAAAAGGGCAACAGGAGCAGAUUCUUGCCACUAAGUGCAGUGCAGAAACUGGUCAAGAUACCUUUUUCCCCCCAUUUUCGUUGACCACUUCACCUCAGAGGAUCCUUAAGCCAAAUGGCAAACAAACUUUUGGCAGGUGCACGGUGUCUUGUGUUCAGCCCCCUCAGCUCUGGCAAAUGUGACUGUACAUCUAAAGACAUAAAAUUCACACAAAUUAAAGAAUCAGUUGUCAGAAUCUAAUCAGAAUCAACUAUAAAUGUCUGUCAUCAACUUCAUCAUCUCCACAAUAGAAUAUUCAGAUAUAUGGUUUAAAAAUACAGUGUGUUUAGCAUUUUCUUUUAUUUAUAUUUAAAGUAUGCUUGUGUUUUUAUAGUAUAGUAGCAGGAUUUUUUAUUAUUUUGUGUCAGGGUGUUGGAUUAGUUAGUU